CAGGUAAAGUGAACAGAGCAUCUGUGACGUUCCAUCAGGCACCUAUGUAAGGAAACUGGACUGUCACCACUCACCAUGGCCUAUGGCUUGCCAAGGAAGAACACAGUGAAAACCAUUCUGCGGGGCAGCUGUUACAGUGUACAGGAACCUUGGGAUCUUGCACUGCUUACAAAGACCUGGUACACGAACCUAGCCAAAAUAAAGUUGCCUUUCUUGCAAGAAAUUGCAUUUGGCAGGUCUAUGAAUCUCACAAAAUGUAACACCACGAAGGAUGGUCUGCUGCCUUCUACAGAGUCCAUAAAACUUGAAAAGGACUAUGAAGUGAAGCGGCUCACUAAACUUAAAUGUCAAGAAAAUGCAUCGGAGGAAAUUCAGCUUCUCCUGAGGGAAAGGCAAGUUGGCUUGAGGAGACCACUUCCGCCGAAGUGAUGGAUGUCUCAUGGUUGAAUCUGGACCGUGUCCCGUAACCCCAGGGUUGGCGCUCUCCGUAUCCUUCACCAUGGAGAGUCUGGUGCACGCAGGUGGAGGCUGUGUCCAUAGACGUGGUUUAGCAGCCGGCUCUGACAGACCUGCUGCGUCCCUGCCACGUGCUUGUUCCUUUGUGUCCCAGGCAACAGCACUGUAAGUAGACAAAAAUGCAAAUGCAGUGGAGUCCUCUGUGCUGUUCAUUCUGAUUUUUGUAAGAGAGACAGGAAACUUUCUGUCAGAGGCAUUAUUUUGAAGAGACACUUUGAAUUUGUAUCUUUGAGAUCCCAAGGGGAUAUUAAUAAAAUAUACUUUGUGUAA